AUGCCGCCCCGACGCCGCAAUCGCCGUGGCAAGGAUCCGACGCCUUCGCCCGAACCUUCGCCCGAGCCAUCACCCGAGCCCCAGGUUGAGGAGCAAGAGCUUGAAGAGGACACGGCAGAUGAGGCGCAAGAAGGCCCGUCGGGCGCGGCGCACGCUGCUGCCGGCGAUGAUGGUUUGGAAGGGGAGAUGGCCAGGCUUCACUUUGAUGAGUCGUUGACGUGGCGACCCGGUAAACCGAUCCCUGUAUCGCAGCUGCUGCCUCGGCUGCAACGGCUCUUCGAAGAGCUCAGCGAUAUGGAGCAGGACCGCGUGGAUAAGGAGUCGCUGGCCGACAUCCUGCGCCUCUGCGCGCCCGACGCGCCUUUCACGGAGGAUCAGCUCAAGGCGAUCUUCACAUUCCUCAUCACAUAUGUGCUUCCUGCGCUAAAGGAUCCUUCGCAUCCCUACAAUGGGCAACAUAAACACGUCCUCACCUCCCUCGCCGAGGUCAAAAGUAUUCUUCUCCUCAACGACCUCGACGGCACCGACAACCUCCUCCUCCACCUCUUCUCCACCUGCUUUGACUGCGUCUCGGCCUCCUCUAUUCUCGACGCCGAUGGAAACCCACCCGCGGACGUCGAGGCACACAUGACCGAUGUGCUCAUCUUCCUCAUUGACGAAAGCCCUGGCCUUCCCGCCAAGGUUGUCGAGGCUAGCGAGUCGAAUGGCAACCAGUCCACUCUGAUGCCCAAGAAGGAGCCUCCCGCGUACGUCAUGGCGAAAAUGAUUUGCACCUACAACCCGGAAAAAAUGGCCCGAUAUGUGAGCCAGUACUUCAGCGACGUCAUUAUGGAUGCGUCGAGCUUCGCGACUAGAGGAAAUGGCCACAACAAGCAUGGCGACGACGACGACGAUCUCGCCCCAUCUUCAGGCCCGACCGAGGCUGAUCUAAAGAACCUCUCACAAGCCCAUCUAUUGAUCCGCGAGCUUUGGCGCGCAGCCCCUGCCGUUCUACAGAAUGUUAUUCCCCAGGUCGAGGCCGAGCUUUCUGCCGAUGACGUCCAUCUCCGCCAGAUCGCUACCGAGACUUUUGGCGAUAUGAUCUCUGGUAUCGGCGCUGCCGGCCCCUCCCCUCCAAACUAUGACCCAUGCCAAUACCCGCCCUUGCGCUUUAACGAAGAGUCGGCCGGGCCCGUCUACGAUAAUGUCCUCACAACGCCGCUAUGCCCCCAGUCGUUUGCGCAGACUUACCCGUCGACUCACAGCAGCUUCCUUGGAAGGAGGAAAGACAAGAUCCCGCAGAUCCGCGCCGCCUGGACCACCGCCGCCGGUUAUAUUCUCGCGACGUCCGCAGGCGGAAUCGGCCUUAGCCGGGAAGAGCAGUCACAGCUGGUUGAGGCGUUGAACGAGAAACUCAACGACACCGAUGAAAAGGUUCGACUGGCCGCUGUCAAGGCCAUCGAGCUCUUCUCUUACCGGGACGUCAUCACCAAACUCGGUCCGAAAGGCGGUGCCAACAAGGAAGGGACUGUUCUCGCAAGCCUGGCUGAUCGCUGCCGAGACAAGAGGCCCGCCGUUCGUGUCGAAGCCAUGGUUGUCCUUGGAAAGCUCUGGGCCGUCGCCGCGGGUGACAUGGCCACCGGCCAAGAGGUCGUCGUGUCUUGCUUCGCUGGCGUCUCGAGUCGAAUUCUCAGCGUCUUCUACGCCAAUGACUUGGAUCUCAACCUUUUGCUUGACCGGGUCCUCUCGCAGAGCCAGAGCCAGAGCCAAGCCGCAGCUGGGAACUUCGAUCCCGAUAGGAUCCGCGCGGAACGGCUUUUACACUUGCUCAGAUCCUUGGACACCGCUGCAAAGAAGGCCUUCUUUGUUAUGCAGUCUCGGCAGCCGCAGUUUGCCGACGUUUUGAACAUGGUCGUCUCGGAUCUCCAGCGUUUUGCGAAGCUCAACGACCGCCGCAACUACCAGCUUAUCAAGUUCGCCACCAGCCCCGAGAGCGAUUUCAAGACGGUCCAUGGGGCCAUCAAGGAGCUGAUCAAGCGUGUCCAAGGUGGAAACUCGGCGCACAUGCUCGAUAGCCUCCUCCCCAUCUUGUACCGCUCAGCUUGUCUCAUGCUCAACCGGAGCCAUCUUCCCGCCAUCAUGGACUGCUCCAAGAACGACAAGGACGGCCUCGGCGCCGUCGCCCACGAGGUGCUGAGCGAGAUCUCGCAGCGCAACCCUGAGAUUUUCAAGACCCAUGUUGGAGACCUGUGCAAGAGCCUAUCGUCUCAGGCGCCCACCGAGCGUAAACCCAACGACCCUACCGUCAUUGACGUUCUAAAGGCCUGCUCGUCUUACUCGCGCAAGUACCCUGACGAAAUCCCGCGCGAUAAGGCCUUUUGCCAGAACCUCAUCAACUACGCGCUGUACGGAACGCCCGCCAAGGCGGCCAAGUACGCGGUCAACAUCUUGCUAGCGAAGAAGGACGACAAGUCUCUUGUCAACGCGACAAGCCUCAUCCAAAGGCUCAUGAAGGAUUGGAAAUAUGAUUCUCCUGGCCUUCUCAACAAGCUGGCGGCUGUCAGUCAGCUUGAGCUUCUCGUGCCCAAGGUUACGCUUGACUAUGACGAUGAUAUCCUCGACCUGACGGAUCCCGUCUGGGUGGAGGAUGCAAAUGCGGACGAAGAGAUUCAAGCCAAAUGUCUUUGCCUCAAGAUUCUCGUGAACCGACUACGCGCUACCCAGGAUGUCGAGCAGGCAAAGGAGAAGGCCGCACCGGUCUUCAAGCUUCUCAGGAAUAUCAUUCUCAAGGACGGGGAGAUCUGCAAGGUGAAGGACACGCCAAAGCAUCACCGGUCGCGUCUCUUGCUCACGGCGGCGAAGCUGACGCUCAAAAUCUGCACGAUGAAGCACCUGGACGACAUGUUGCAGCCGAAAGAUUUCAACAGCUUGGCUUAUGUCGCCCAACGAGGCGAGCCUGCGGUCCGGCACAGAUUCGUCGAGAAGCUCCAAAAGUAUCUUGCCCAGGAUAAGCUGCGAUCUAGGUUCUACACCAUCAUCUUCUUGACGGCGUUUGAGCCCAUUGUCUCUACUAAGCAAAGAUAUGAGACGUGGAUCCAGUCGAGAGCUCGAUUGUACAGCGGCAAAGACAGGUCGCACGUCAUGGAGUCUACCAUGAGCCGCCUUAUCUCGCUACUAGCCCACCAUCCCGAUUAUAGCACGGAUGUGGACAACCUGGUCGACCACGCUAGGUACAUCAUCUACUACCUGAGCAACGUUUCGACCGAGAACAACCUGGGCAUCAUUCUCAGGUAUGCCGAACGGUCCAAGCAAACGAGGGAUGCUAUCGACCCCUCGAUGAGCGAGAAUAUCUACGUUCUCUCGGAUCUAGCCCAGACCAUUAUACGCAAAUGGCAGGAUAAGAAGAACUGGAGCCUACGCCUAGGCCCCGCGCAAGUGGGCAUGCCCGUGGGCUUGUAUGCGAAGCUGUCUUCUCACGACACGGCACAGGAGAUUGCGGAAAAGCAGUACCUACCUGAGGGGGUUGAUGAGAAACUCGACACACUUCUGAAGUCGAUUGAUAGGAAAAAGAAGCAACCGUCGCAAAAGGCUGCUAAGCCUCGGAAGAAGAGGUCCCUGGAUGACGAUGAUGAAGAUGAUGACGACGAUGGCAACGCGCGCGCAGGUGCAUCUCGGUCAGCUGCCCGAGCAGCGGCAGACCGCAGACGCAGCUCGCGCGCUACCAAAGCGUCCACUUACGCAGAGAGGGACUCUGACGAGGACGACGAAGAGAUGCUUGACGGGGUGGCGGAAUGGGAGUACCUCGAUCAGAAGAAGGGUGGCAAGAAGGCUGGAGAGGAUGAGUCGGAGGAGGAGGAGGAGGAGGAGGGAGCCGGCGAUGACAGCGAGCUGAGCGACCCGCCCGAUUCUGAAGAGGAGGUGGCUCCAAAGAAGACGGCUGCUUCGCGGAGACGGAGAUGA